AUUGCAGCAGAGGCACAGAAGGAGACUGCGAGAGGAGCUGGGAAUAUUACACACACACAACACAACACAGCCGAACCAGAACACCCUCCCCUGGACACACCCUACUGGGGAUCACUGCUUCUCUUUUUUCUGAACCAUCGCCCACGCCACUCAGAGAGAAAGCUCUCCCUCCUCAUCAUCCUGAAGAAGAAAACCCCUUUUUCCUCAUUUUCAUCCUACAGAGGACACCUACUAAUCUCUUAGAGCUGAGAUUCCCCUGGUGAACAUUGUCUCUUUUUUUCCUUUUUUCUUUUUUUUUUUCUUUUUGAUUUGGACACCGGCCACUGUAAGGUAAACCCAGCUACUAUAAAGGCUAGAGAAAAUAGUACCGACUCAACCUACCGGCCUGAAGACCUGCGUAACGAAGAAGGACCUAGAUCACUCUCAUUGUACGUCAAGAAUGGUUACUCAGAUAAUUAGCACCAUGGAAACCCAGGUGUCCAACGGCCCAAGCGGAACCAGUCUGCCCAACGGGCCAGUCAUCAGCACCAACGGUGCCACAGACGACAGCAAGACCAACUUGAUCGUCAACUACCUGCCUCAGAACAUGACCCAGGAGGAGUUCAAGAGCCUGUUUGGUAGCAUUGGAGAGAUUGAAUCCUGCAAGCUGGUCCGAGACAAGAUUACAGGUAUUCAUGAUGCUUCAGCAGGCCAGAGUUUGGGCUACGGGUUUGUGAACUAUGUGGACCCCAAUGAUGCGGACAAGGCCAUCAACACGCUGAAUGGUCUGAAACUGCAGACCAAAACAAUCAAGGUAUCGUACGCCCGGCCAAGCUCAGCGUCUAUCCGUGAUGCCAACCUGUAUGUGAGCGGCCUACCGAAGACCAUGAGCCAGAAGGACAUGGAGCAGCUGUUUUCCCAGUAUGGGCGCAUAAUCACCUCCCGCAUCUUGGUGGACCAGGUCACAGCAGGUAUAUCGCGAGGAGUGGGAUUCAUCCGGUUUGACAAGCGGAACGAGGCAGAGGAGGCCAUCAAGGGCCUGAACGGACAGAAGCCUCUGGGAGCGGCCGAGCCCAUCACAGUGAAGUUCGCCAACAACCCCAGCCAGAAGACGGGCCAGGCGCUGCUCACCCAGCUGUACCAGACCGCUGCACGCCGCUACACUGGCCCGCUGCACCAUCAGACCCAACGCUUCAGCCUCAUCCCUCCGUUUGGAAAGGGACCAGAUCCAAAUAACAGCACAAAACCAAUACUCGACAAUUUACUAAACGCCAGCUACGGAGUCAAGAGUUCCCCUUCUCUCCUCCCUAGGUUCUCCCCGAUCACCAUUGACAGCAUGACCAGCCUGGCGGGAGUCAACUUGACCGGGCCCACCGGAGCCGGCUGGUGCAUCUUCGUGUACAAUCUGUCGCCGGAGGCGGAUGAGAGCGUCCUGUGGCAGCUGUUCGGGCCCUUCGGCGCCGUCACAAAUGUCAAGGUCAUCCGUGACUUCACCACCAACAAAUGUAAGGGCUUCGGCUUUGUCACCAUGACCAACUACGACGAGGCGGCCAUGGCCAUCGCCAGUCUUAAUGGCUACCGCCUGGGAGACCGCGUGUUGCAGGUCUCCUUUAAGACCAGCAAGCAGCACAAGGCCUGAGAGGAAGUGUCGCUAGCUCACGUCAGCUCCUUCAGCCAGCAGGGGGCGACCCUGAGCUCCCUGUGACCAUCACCCUACAUGGGCCUGGACUGAGUCUCUCUCUGACACGCACCCACACACACCCACACACACCCACACACACACACUAUGACAUGCAGACACUGUCAGACAUACCUAUAUACACACACGCAGUCAGAGUUUCAAACAAAUACACUAGUAGAGUUUUUCUUUUCUCUUUACACGACAUGCUAGUCCUUCCCUACGUUUGCCUGUAUUGAAUUAGUAGGGGCGCGUUGGGCAGUUGGUCUGUGAGGGUGGGGGUAAGAGGCCUCAGUGAGGGAGACAGUCUAACGAAUGUGACAGAGAAUGUGUGCUGAGUGCUUUGAUUGAAUUCAGGCAAAUAAUGACAAAAACUGCUAAAACAAAAUAAUCAAAAAUCAAAAUGAACUAUAAAUAUGUGCAAUUUAAACCCCAAAACUCUUACCCCACCAACUCUCCCAUUAUCUUGCUGGAGAGGGUGUAGUCACUUUUAUACACUUGGGCAUUUUGAAUCAGUGAUUUUUUUUAGAUCAAAGAAAAUUAAUAAAAAACAGUGUUCUCUUAUAUACGUAUAUUAAAAUAUAACUAUAUAUUCAAUAUUUAAGGUGGUUAUUAUAGCCAAGUAUGUACGCAUUUUCUAGAAACUUUGACUACUGUUUCCUGGCUCUACAUUAGGUAGGUUCUGCCUAGCUUUGGGGCAGUUUCUCUACCCUGUUAAGGUCAGAUCCAAUAUGAUUUAAGUUACUAAACUGAACAGAUAGUGGUCACAAAAACAAGCAGCCUGAAGGAUGUAAGAAUCCCACCCUGACUACACAACAGACAGUCACUUUCACCACAGAAACACACAGCCCCUCGUCCAGUGUCAGCCAUGUCAGGGAAGAACACUAUUAGAAUACUGAACACAUUGACAACCAAUAACCUCCCUGUAUUUUUUCACACUGGCUUUUAUAUUUAGAGAGUAAAAUGGAUUCCACCCCCAAACAGAGCUUUCUUAUGGGAACAACGUAGAGCAUUGCCAUAGCUAAUGUUCCCAUGGAGACAGUGUACAAUUCUCUUAGAGACUGGGGACUGUGAGUUUAGAGCAAAGUCAUUUCACCAAAUCACAAAGCCACUUUACCGAACGCCCAACCAGACACAGUACGACAACACUCUUCCAAGUGAAUGAGAAGGUUUUUACAAUUCCAUGGAUGUUAUUGACCUGGCUACACCUGGGCUCGAUGUCACAAUUGUGCAUGGGACAGAUUGAAAACACUGUAUUUUUGACUAGGGUUGACAUUAGGUCAUGUGUCUGAGCAGUUAUAUCUCCUCACUGAGCGCCAGAGGGUGAGACUGUGUUUUAUCUUGUCCUCAGUUAGCGGAACAUUCCACAGUUUCAUUCAGACCACUCAUAUCACACCCGAAGCUCCUGAGAAUCAGUUUCAAUCAAAUACAAACUCUGUCUGCCCCGUUGAAAUAGAAGAAAUCACGUCUGCAGAAACAAACUGUGACAUGUGACUGUAUAUUUCCCACUGGCAACUCAAAAAGAGUUGCUGUUGUUUUGCAAGACAUCUGAUCGGCAUUACUACAUUAGUUUUCAAAUGAUAAGCAAAUCAAAAUCUUAAUUUAAGGCCCCCUAGAUUAAAAUGUAACAAUAGCAUACAACCUGUCCUGGUGACUGCCUGUUAAAAAAGUCUGACUCAAAAUGUUUCUUGGGGAGAGAUAGUCUGACAAUAUAAAGACAUCCGCACAGAUUACGUGAGGGCCAGCGUGUUCAAGAAAUAUUUCCUUUUUAAAAAUAACGCUGUGUUAUCCAAAGAGGACAACCAUCUCUUUGAAACGAUUACUUUAAAGACAAAUCUGUUUUUAUACAUACAGAAGAACAAGACUGUGUGCUGAAUUUUUACAGAUUCUUAAGUUGGGACACCGCAUGGAUGUAUUCUUAACCCCUUCAUCUUUGAGGGAGAGGGGGAAGCGUGCAUGUGGUGUACGGGUGGAGGUCGAGGGAAGGGGGACAAAGAAAAAUGUUUUCUCACGCAACCUUACUUUUUCAACCACAAUGUAUAAACACACUGUUGAAAUAGUAGGAGAACAAAUGACACGAACCAAUUCGUUGAAUUCAAUUUUACACACAUCUGCAAUACCAAUGGUCAGACGUUGCAUACAGCCAGUGUCGCUUCAAUGAUUAUGCAGUAGAGACUGUCAGGCAGGCCCAAAGAUUUGUUCUCACUGACACAUUGGGCUGGUUUGAAUCAGAAAGGCUUGAAGCAGAUUCUCAUAGAAGCGUCCUUUCAAAAACAAAUUAUUAGGUAUAUUUCAAUUAAGAUUUAGCCAAAGAAUUUGAUUGAAUAUGUGUAUCAAUAAGGAAUAAUUCAGUCUAGAAUAACUGUUCCCAUAAUAAUCUUUCUAUAAACUUUUAUCAUUUAUUGCUUUAAGAUCCCUUAUAAUUUAAAAUUCCACUAGAGCUUGCAGAAAUAUUUUGUUCUCAUAUCAAAUUAUAUCAGAAUGGACUAAUAUCUUAUGGUUAACAUCUGUUAAGUAAAUACAUAUCAUUUAGCCCAUUUGCACAGGUGCUUACCACAAACUUACUACAAUGUUGAAAAACGGUUAAACUUUCCGUUAACAAACACACUGUCAUAUCAAGUGUCUCUUGAUCCUUAAUUAUGUAAUAUUCACACCAUGCUCUUAACAUAUGAAUCCAGUAUACCGGAGUAUGAAAGCAGAGCUUCAGCUUAACCCGAUGCUUCUCCAUCAUUACACCGCUGGCCUCUCUCUAACUCUGACCAUUUCAUUUCCUAGCGUGCCCUGGUUGGAUAUAGUUGGCAUGCCCGAUCAAAACAAACAAACAAACAAACAAAUAUGGGCGUACAUUGAAACCAUGCCAUCAUCUAGCUCUACCCCACCCCUACCUUCCCCAGGGUGUGCCUAUACUAGGGAGCACAUUAACACAUUUGCAUUCAAUCUUGGGAACAGAAGAUAGUAGUCAAACUGGUGAUAUGAAGUAAGGUUCCAGACCAGUUCCCCACACACCCAAAGUCCAUUGGCAGGUAACCCAGUUCCUGGAGUGAAGCUGGUAAUGCAGGAUUUUGUCCCAACUAGGCACCUAAUAGACAAGAUCAGUGAUUGCCCUAAAUUCACCACUCCAGGUCCAGGGUUGUCUACUCUCCCCUAAACUAACAACAGACCCUAGGCUAUAGCAACACCUUAGAACAACAGCAGGCCCUAGUCUACAGCCACACACUAGACCAACAACAGAUCCUAGGCUGUAGCCACACCUUAAAACAACAGCAGGCCCUAGGCUACAGUCUCAUAUAAGAAGAACAACAGAUCCCAGUCUACAGCCACAUCCCAGAACAACAACAGGGCCUAGGCUACUGUCACAUCUUAGACCAACAACAGGGCCUAGGCUUCAGUUACAUCUUAUACCAAAAAGAGGGCCUAGGCUAAAGCCACACCCUAGAACAACAGGUUCUAGGCUAUAGCCACAUCCUAUAACAACAACAACAGGUCCUAAGCCUCAGCCACACCCUAGAACAACAACAAUAGGUCCUAAGCCUCAGCCACAUCCUAGAACAACAACAGGGCCUAGGCUACAGCAACAUCCUAGAACAACAACAGGUCCUAGUCUACAGCAACAUCCUAGAACAACAACAGGGCCUAGGCUACAGCAACAUCCUAGAACAACAACAGGUCCUAGUCUACAGCAACAUCCUAGAACAACAACAGGGCCUAGGCUACAGCAACAUCCUAGAACAACAACAGGUCCUAGUCUACAGCAACAUCCUAGAACAACAACAGGGCCUAGGCUACAGCAACAUCCUAGAACAACAACAAACUGACCCAUCAUACACAGUCAAUACAGAGACCCUCUUUUCCCACACCUCCAUAUGGUAGAGAGUCAAGGACAAUGGCAGGAGACAAAUGUACUGCACCGCUUGAGCAACAGUAAAUAAAUAAUCAUUUAAAAAGACAAAAAAACUUUCCUAUGGAACAGUAAGUGCAAUGUGCUUUGUUUUUAUAUUGACUGAGAACAAAAAGAUAUAUAUAUUUUUUAAAAGAAAAAGAAAUUAAACGUCACACUGAAAUGGUUUGCGGAAAUAGCGAAAGGAUCAAA